GGUUCGACGGCGUCCUAAGAAGGACCCCCCCUCCACCCCAUCGCCACUUCCCGGAACCACUCUGCCCAGGCGGACCCCGGGUGGGGGCCGAGGGCGCCCCCGGCGGCAGGGGUAUGCGCGGUCCGCGGCAUGGCCUCGGCGGUGUUUGAGGGCACGUCGCUCGUGAACAUGUUCGUGCGCGGCUGCUGGGUGAACGGGAUCCGCCGGCUCAUCGUCAGCCGGCGCGGCGACGAAGAGGAGUUCUUCGAGAUCCGCACCGAGUGGUCGGACCGCAGCGUGCUCUACUUGCACCGCAGCUUCGCAGACUUGGGUCGCCUGUGCAAGCGCCUCCGCGACGCCUUCCCCGAGGACCGGCCCGAGCUGGCGCGCGCGCCGCUGCGGCAAGGACUGCUUGCCAUCAAGGAAGCACAAGACAUAGAGACCAGGCUCAACGAGGUUGAGAAACUGCUCGAGACAGUCAUCAGCAUGCCAUGUAAGUAUUCUAGGUCAGAGGUUGUACUCACCUUCUUUGAAAGAUCGCCUCUGGAUCAGGUGUUAAAAAAUGAUAAUGUCCAUAAAAUUCAACCCAGCUUUCAAAGUCCUGUCAAAAUAUCAGAAAUCAUGAGGUCCAAUGGAUUUUGUUUGGCAAACACAGAGACAAUAGUCAUUGACCACAGCAUACCCAACGGGAAGGACCAGCUCCUGGACGCAGACUCCACAGAGCAUCUGUUUGAGAACGGCGGCGAGUUCACCACAGAGCUGGAGGAUGGCGAUGACCCGGCUGCUUAUGUCACCAACUUGUCCUAUUACCACCUGGUUCCAUUUGAGACAGACAUUUUGGACUGAGCCUCUCCACUGGGCCAUCUCUGCCUCAAUCCUUGACUGCAUGUCCUCAUGCUGUCCACUGUGUGGCCCCAAGGGCCAAAGCUGCUGCUCAGCCUGGGCCUCCCAGGGUCCUGAAGUUCACCAGGCCUGGAUGUCCUGAAAGUGGAGGCACAGGGGGCUUUUGAUGUCCACAGGCUAUCCCUAGGCUGAUUCCAGCGACAGGAGACCACAUAUCCUGUAGCUCUGAGAGGCCUUCUACCUGCCCUCAGCCCGCCAGCUUGCCUCUUCUCCUGGGACACACUGUUCCUGCAGGUCUUGUUCUCAUUGCCUACUUGAGGGGAGCAUUCCACUUGGUCACAUGGUUCUGACUUCCCACGUUUCUCUCAUGUGUCAAAAGGCACAAAGCAUUUCAAAAGGAUUUUUGAUAAGUCACCAAGAUCUGGACCACAAGGGCAGGGGAUAUUAAGUGACUCAGGGCUUCCCUGAGAUGUGUGGCUUUUGUUUGUUUGCUUCACAUCUCCUCCCUGGAAACGGGGUUUGGGGUCAUCUGGAAGGAGUGUUCGCAAAGGGUCAACCCUGAAGGGGAGGGGGCACCGGCUUCAGGGAGGGGGGAGCAUGCACUGUAAAGUGCAUAUGAACCCAGCGUAAAGUUUUCCUCCAGAGAAGAGUUCCCUCUCUGCCAGCACCCGAGUUCUUCUGCCAGGCUAUGAUACUGUUACCACCACCGAGGGUGCUUGAAGUUCCUCCCCUGGUGCAUUCAGAGGCAUAAUUGCCCUAAUGAAUCAGGAAGGAUGGGAUGGGAGGAAGGGAAGCUUACAGCUUGGACCACAGGAAGGUCUGGGUCCUGCGAGCUCGCCUCCUCACUGUGUCUACUAACGACCAGCAUUUGCUAAUGUAAAUAAUAGUAAAUUAUUGAAAAUUCUAAUUCUUUUACACAGUCUGUUUUUAAUCUAUUUUAAUUAA